GGCCACGUCAUUCCGCAGCUGCCUCGUCCGUGUUAUCUACUGGUGUACAGUUAUUGUAAUAUAUUAUAUUUUUUGAUUCGUCGAGUAUCCUAUUAUUUUUUACUUUUUUUUUUUUGUAUUCCACAUUGGUCUAUUUAAUCAACUACAAACGUAUACGUAUCGCACGGUUUUGUGUGUAUUUUUUUUGUUUUCCGCUCGACACCUUCCAUUCUUCUACCAUCGUAUUCAUGUUAGCCCAGUGAUACACUCAUCUAAAUACUUGUGUUAUUAGGUACCCAUUGUAACAAUAUAUUAUUGUAAUAAUACACCAGCAGUGGAAUCCGCGUUGAAAAAAAUACAAUCAUGAACAUAUUCAGACUUUGCGGCGAUUUGUCGCAUCUGCUGGCCGUCCUGCUGCUGCUGCUGAAAAUAUGGAAGACCAGAUCGUGUGCCGGUAUAUCCGGAAAAAGUCAAAUUUUAUUUGCAAUCGUGUACACUGCAAGAUACCUCGAUUUGUUUACAAGUUUUGUGUCCGUUUACAACAGCGUUAUGAAAGUAUUUUUCCUCGCCGCAUCGUACGGCACGUUGUAUUUAAUGUUCUUCAAGUUUAAACCAACUUAUGAUCACAACCACGACAGUUUUAGAAUAUUGUAUUUAAUUGUACCCUCGGUUAUUCUGUCGUUCGUCAUAGUUCAUGUGUACACCGUAAUGGAGGUACUGUGGACGUUUAGUAUUUACUUGGAAGCAGUCGCCAUCAUGCCGCAGCUGUUCAUGGUUUCUAGAACGGGCGAAGCCGAGACGGUUACUUCGCAUUAUCUGUUUGCGUUGGGCUCGUACAGAGCGUUGUACAUACUGAAUUGGAUCUAUCGUUACUAUACGGAAAAUUUCCUCGACAUGAUCGUGAUCAUUGCCGGUAUUGUGCAAACCAUUUUGUACUGUGACUUCUUUUACCUCUACAUAACCAAAGUAUUAAAAGGAAAGCGGUUAUCGUUGCCGGUUUAAAAGUGGGAAUUAAAGACUAGACCAAAGAGUCGUUGCGAGACGGAUGUUUGUACAAUUUUGAUAAUAUUUUUCAUUGUCUCAUCGAAAUAAAUAGUGUAUAUAAAUAAAUAA